UGACAAUAAUCUGUUAUAAUAAUAAUGAACAGGAAAUGGGCGUUAUGUAUGCAGAGAAUAACAAAAUUUCUCUGUUCAUCCAUUUUCAUUGAUGACGUAGACGUGAUUCGUUCAUGAUUGUUGGAUCUAUGACCAUGAAAUCAUAGGCCAGGUGUGUGUAUUUGCCGCUAUUUUUUUUUUCUUUAUUUAUUCUCUUCCCAGACGAUGACAACAGCCGCAUGCUGGAACCAUUUCUAUUGAUGUGUGUUUAGUGAAUGGGCGCCUGACAUAAAAAAAACCACCACCACCACCACAAUGAUGACGACAAAAUGACGGCAACUAAUAUCAAUAACAAUGAUGAAAAUAAUGUAAUGAUGAUUCUUUAAAAUCCUAACUAUUCAAGUUCAUAUUCCUUGUGGUAUAUGCGUAUCAGUGUGUGUGUGUGUGUGUGUGCAAACAUCUCAUUAGAUUUACAUGCUGCUCCUGGCCUGAUAACGAUGAUGGCCUCACUUUAGGAACUUCUCUUGUACCGACGACGACGACAACAAUAACAGCAACAACAACAACAACAUCUAACUAACAUAGAAAUAGAAUUUGACAGACUGUCGGAAUUAUUAGUCGGUCAAUCGUCAUAGUGUUUUUAUGUGUGCGUGUAUUGUUAUUGUUUUUGUUGUUGUUGUUGUUGUUGUUGAUUAAAGUUCAAACGAUCAUUUAUGAUACAUGGACCACCAAAUAGUCGUAACAGUAGUUAUAACUUAUUGGGCCAUGCAACCACCAAAAACAAGGCCAUGACUAUUUGUGAUUUGUGUUUGUCUGUUAUAAUUCAAAAUUCGUUCAAUUGAAAUGUCAUAACUUUUAAUAAAUAAAAUUAUUUUAUUUUUGUUCAUAAUUUGUUUGCAUCAGUAAUCAUCAGUAAUAUAAUGAUAUAAUGAGAAAUUUAAUCAUCUAUCAAAUUUUACAAAUGAUACAAUGACAUCUAAAAUGGCAAUGAUCGUUUGAUGUUUAUUUGCACAUGUGGUCAUCAUAUAAUGGGCAGUGAUGAUGUAAUUGAAGAGAUGGCCAAUGAUGAUGAACCAAAUAAUACACAUAAUACGAAUUCAAACAAAUUUUUUGAACCUAACGAAUCAAAACGAUUAAAACCAAUCAACGGUGAUCAUCAAAAUCCAGUUUACGGGACUGCAAUAUCUACAUCAAACGUAGUCGGUAAUGGCAAUGGUAAUAUUGAAAUUGGUGAUAAUAAUCAUAGCAAAAUGAUGCCUUCUUCUGAUUCUUCCGGUCUUGCAAACGGAGGAGGAGGAGGUGGAAGUGCCGCUACUGGUGAAUUUAAUUUGAAUGAAACAAAUCGAAUAAAACGGCAUUCAUUAACAUUGAAACGCGGUGAUACAGAAUUGAGUAUCGAUCAUGGAGGCAUGCAAAGAUUUUUACCUACAUUCAUGCAUUUUGCAUUUGCCGACCGUGAAGCGGAACAAUUAUAUCAGGAAUAUUAUUCCAACGAGAAACGUAAUGAUUUUAAAGCAUUGAUUGUGAUUGUGAUAUUCGUAAAUCUUGUACUAUUGGGCCUUCAUUUAUUGUCAUCAUCUUGGAAUCAUAGUGAUCUUUCCCAUCAGCAAUUAAUUAUAUUGGGCAGCUGUCUUGUGUUGGCCGUAUUUUUGUUCAUACUGUGUUUACGACGAUCUCGAGAUGCACUUGCAUCUCGUCUCUGGUCAUUGAUACCGUUUGCAUUGUGGUUAGUGAUGUUGGUACAAAUCAUCUGUGAUCUAUGCAUAUUCAUUGGACGCCCACCUGAACCAUCUGGUUCAAUAAGCUGGCUAUUGCUUUAUUCAUAUGCUACUUAUGUCAUUUUUCCGUUACGAUUCCGUAUCUGUUGUGCAUUGAGCAUUCUUAUGGCUAUACUGCAUUCAUUGUUUAUCAUUACGUUCGCCACAUCGACUUACAUGUUAGCCAAUCAGAUAUUUGCCAAUCUAAUCAUCAUCGUUAGCGUGAAUCUACUGAGUACAAUGUCAUUUUUUUUCUACGAACGACAACAACGACGAGCAUUUCUUGAGACCAGGCAAAGCCUUGAGACUAAGUUGACUCUUGAAGAGCAAUCACAAGAACAGGAACGAUUAUUAUUGUCGGUAUUACCGAAACAUGUGGCUGCAGAAAUACGUCAAGAUUUAGGUGCUGUUGUUGAAGGCCAAUUUCAUAAAAUCUAUAUGAGCCGUCACGAGAAUGUUAGCAUUUUAUUCGCUGACAUUGUCGGUUUCACUGCCAUAUCUUCUACGUGUUCGGCACCGGAAUUAGUUAAAACAUUGAAUGAAUUGUUUGCCCGUUUUGAUAAACUUUCCGACAAAUAUCAUCAAUUACGAAUCAAGAUAUUGGGUGAUUGUUAUUAUUGUAUUAGUGGUGCACCAGAAGAAAGACCCGAUCAUGCAGUUCUUUGCGUUCAUAUGGGCCUCUCCAUGGUUGAAGCAAUCAAAUCGGUUCGUGAGCAAACAAAAUCAACGGUCGACAUGAGAGUCGGAAUCCAUACGGGUAGCGUACUAGCUGGUGUACUAGGUCAACGACAAUGGCAAUUUGAUGUAUACAGUCGUGAUGUUGAGCUGGCCAACAAAAUGGAAAGUGCCGGAUUACCCGGACGAGUACAUAUAUCUGAAAAGACGCUUAGUUUUUUGGAUGGCGAAUUCGAAGUGACCGAUGGAGAUGGUGCAUCACGCGAAGAAGUUGUUCGUUUGGCCGGUAUAAAAACCUAUUUCAUAACCAAGAUUAUAAAACCUUAUCCGGAAGGAACUCUAGAUGCAAUGAUUCAAACAGAAAUUCCAAAUAUAACAGAUGAAUGUGGGGAGACGACCAAAUUGAAUAGCGAUACAACCGGCGAUCGCUAUCGGCAAGAAGAUAUAAAAGAUCCAGAAGUAUAUAAACGACGUCUACACGCUGAACUCAUACAUCGCGAUAGUGAAAAAAACAUUGCCGAACACACUGAUUUAUUGAGCUUGACAUUCAAGAAUGAUGAUAUCGAACGAGAAUAUCGUGAAAGUCGUGAUAUAACUAGCUGCAUAUCGUUACUUGGCCUUCCUUUCACAUUGUUCAUCUAUCUAUUGGCAUUCGUUUUGAUUGGACCGAUGCGUUUACACAUUUAUUUGACCCUUGUCAUUUGCCUUGUAUUGCUCACCGUUAAAGCGUUCAUUUGUACAAUACCAAUCAUAUGUUCGUCGAUUCCAAAGCCAUUGGCUAUACUGUCCAACGCUGUACAGCAGAAAUCUUGGAUACGUGUAACGAUCGCGGGCAGUAUGAUAACCAUUUGGAUAACGGCUCACAUUAUUGUCAAUGUAUUUUAUGAUUCGAAUCUCAACACUGAAUAUGCAAAUCUGAUUGUCUCGGGCUCGACUGAUAGAUACCAUGUGGCCAACCAUGUCAUAGCAUUGCCUCAAUACCUAAUAUUCUUUUGCAUACUGGGCUUAUUAGCUAUUACUGUAUUGACUCGUAUACAAUUCCUAAUGAAAGCGGCCAUCAUUAUAAGUCUAGCAUUGAUCCAAUGUGUUCUCAUCUACGCCUGUCUAGGUUAUGCAUUCAAAGUUUAUAGGCUCAUCAAUUAUCAACAAUUGAUCCAUAGUAGGCAUAACUAUGUCAUCAUUAUCAUAACAAUAGUUAUUGGAUUGAUUAUUAUUAAUCGACAAUUUGAACUAAUGACACGAAGGCUGUUCCUAUGGCAAAAGGAUAUCGAUCAACAGAAGGAAAUGGUGGCCGAUAUGCGACGAAAAAAUGAAGCUCUUGUCUACAACAUAUUACCGCCACAUGUUGCCGUCCAUUUCUUGGGCAAACGAAAAAACGACGAGGAAUUGUACAGUAAAAGUUAUGAAUGCGUUGGCGUCCUAUUUGCAUCGAUGCCCAAUUUCGCUGAUUUCUACACUGAAGAAUCGGUUAAUAAUCAAGGAUUGGAAUGUUUAAGAUUCCUUAAUGAGGUGAUAUCCGAUUAUGAUUCGCUACUAUCACAGCCACGUUUCAGAGACAUAUUCAAAAUUAAAACGAUAAGCUCAACUUAUAUGGCAGCUAGUGGAUUAAAUUGUGAAGAAUCAGAUUGUUCGAAAUCGAAUAAUAUUAUUGAAAAAUGGUCCCAUUUAGCACAAUUAACUGAAUUUGCAUUAACCAUGAAAGAAACAUUGAACGGUAUCAAUAAGGAAAGUUUCAAUAACUUUGUUCUUCGUAUCGGUAUUAAUCAGGGCCCGAUCACUGCUGGUGUGAUUGGAGCUAGAAAACCUCAUUACGACAUUUGGGGCAAUACUGUUAAUGUUGCUAGUCGAAUGGAAAGCACCGGAAAAGCUGGAUGUAUCCAAGUUGUACAGGAAACGAUGGAAAUUCUUAAAGAAUUUGAUUUCAUAUUCGAACAACGUGGACUAGUCAGUGUGAAAGGCAAAGGAAAAUUGAUGACUUACUAUUUGAUUGGUAAGAACAAGUAAUCCAUUGCUCAUCAAACAUUGAAAACCCUCAUCCCACAAAUACACACAACUACUAUCUUUGAUUUUUAAUGGUUACCUGCAAAAAAAUACGAAAUCUUACAAUAUUUCUUGAAUAUCAACAUUAUUAUCCAUCACUUGUACAGAUCUAAAUUUACACACCCACCAGCCAUUAUCUUAUUUCGUCUCACUGGUUAUCAUUAAUGUUAUUUUAUUAUUUGUUGAAAUUUAAUUAUCGACAAAUUAUCCAUUUGUAUGUACAUACAAACACACACAUAUACAGUAAUAUAAUUGAUUGGAAUGUUUUAAAAUCGAUUACUAAUUUAUGAUGAAUUCAAUUAUGAUAAUUGUUUUUAAAUUUUUUCUAUAGAUAUAAUCU